AUGCUGCGGCUGGCACGAUUCUAUUCUUUGGCCAGGACCAAAGUCACAUGUAAUCAGAGUAUGCCCUUUAGGCAGGAAUAUGCAUUGAAAUGUGGAUUGGAGAUUCAUACGCAAUUGAACACCAAAACCAAGCUUUUUUCACAGUCUACGAAUAGCGCCACGUCUCUAGUGGAUGCACCAAACCAUCAUACUAGUUUUUAUGACAUAGCUCUGCCAGGAACGCAGCCGGUUUUGAAUUUGGAAGCAAUUUUGUUCGCCAUGAAGCUAUCCUUGGCAUUGGAUUCUCGGGUAAAUAGCGUGUCUCAGUUUGAUAGGAAGCAUUAUUUUUACGGAGACCAACCUCAAGGCUAUCAAGUGACGCAGCAUUACAGGCCGUUUGCUCGAGGUGGGAAAAUCAAUCUGUCCAAGGGACUGGAUGGCAUCGAUGAAUUAUCCAAGGACAUUGGUAUCUUGCAGUUGCAGAUAGAGCAGGACACGGGGAAAUCACACUAUACAGAUACAGAAAAAGACGUUGUCACUUUGGUCGAUUUAAAUAGGUCGAACGUCCCGCUUAUUGAGUUGGUAACCAAACCAGAUUUCAGCGAUAUUAAACAAGUUAAGGCAUUUAUUAAAAAAUACCAGAAUUUGGUGCGUCAUUUGCACAUUUCCUCUGGGGACUUAGAGACGGGCGCCAUGCGAGUGGAUGUCAACCUGUCAAUUAAUGAAUAUGCGCGAGUUGAAUUAAAAAAUCUACCCAAUACUAGUUCCAUCAUCAAUGCCAUCAAGUACGAAUAUCAACGACAGGUUGGGCUGAUUUCGGGGGGCGACACUAGCUCAUUGAUGGAGCCAGAAACAAGGGGCUGGACAGGUUCGUCCACGGUGAAGUUGAGAAGCAAAGAAACGACGAUUGAUUACAGGUACAUGCCUGAUCCAGAAUUGCCGUAUAUCAGCCUUGCACCAGACGUUACCAGUGGUGUGAAAGAGCUGAUGCCUCAACUACCUGAUGAUAUAAUGAGAAUGCUCAUGAAGAAACCUUAUCAAUUGUCAUUGAAGGACGCCAAGAUUUUGACGUAUAAUAGUAACCAAAACGACAUGUACAAUCAUGAGGCGUUGAGAUUGUACUACUUAGACACCUUCCGUGAAUUUUCUAAGCUUGUUGAUGAACAUAACAGCACGAAAUUACCUACAAAUUGGAUAAUUCAUGAGUUCCUGGGUGAUUUGAACAAGCUACAAGUCCCAUUGACGAAAGCACAACAAAUCUUGCCUCCUGCAGUUUUCGCCCAGUUUUUAAAGCUAUUACAUGAAGAGGUAAUAUCCGCGACUAGUGGUAAGAUGUUACUAUUUCACAUAUUGGAAACUUUUAAACAGAGUAACUGCCAGAAUUUGUCUAUUCCAGAUUUUUCAAAACUGAUCAAGGAAUAUGAAUUACAUGCGAUUAAUCAAGUCGACCCUCAAGAAUUGAUGAAUCUCUGUAACGAUGUCAUUGUACAGCAUACAGAUGACACUUUUAUACGGAACCUGGUCUCUGGUAAAAAAAAAUCUUCUUUAAAAUUCUUAAUUGGACAAGGAAUGAGACGAAGCCAGGGACGUAUAAAGGCAAAUGAAUUCGAAAAAAAAUUCAAAGAGAUCUUAAAUAUUCAAUGGUAA